AUGCAAAAUAAAAGCUUUGUUUCUGGAAAACAAUUCUUUGUGACUGAAGUGGAGAAUGCACUUAAUGUACAAAUAAAUAAUGAAUUAGUUGCAUCUUAUCAUUAUUUAGCAAUGGCAAAUAUUUUUGCCAGAGAUACUAUAGCUUUGUUAGGUGCAGCAAAAUUUUUUUAUAAACAAAGUGAAGAAGAAACAAACCAUGGAAGAAAACUAAUGGAUUAUGUAAAUAAACGUGGUGGAAUUGUAAAAUUAUUUCCAAUUAAACCACUUCAACAAAAUAUAAUGACAUUAGAUGAAGCUUUAUUAUUUGCACAAAAUUUAGAAAAAUCUAAUAAUAAUUCAAUUAUUGAACUUCAUAAAAUUGCUUCAAAUAAUAAUGAUUCCGAUUUAACAAAUUUUAUAGAAGAAUUUUAUUUAAAAGAACAAAUUGAAGAAAUUAAUAUGUUUACCGUUUUAUAUAAUAGAUUACAACGUAUUGGAUCAGGUAUUGGAGAAUAUUUUAUUGAUAAAGAGUUAAAUGAAUUGGCUGAUAAAAAACAUUAA